AUGCGUCACCCUGCUGUUGUGUGUUAUAGGACUACCGACGAGCUUGUUGAGCUUAAAAACUGGUUCUAUAACUUUGAUGGUCAAAUCGACAAUCGCUCAAGAGCAAUUCUGAGAGUAAAAGCUUACUGCUCCCGAGGUAAGGUACCACAUGGUCUUGAAGCAACCUCUUUGCUUUCAUCAGUCUGCCUUUCGGAUCCAUCGUUACCUUCAAAUCAUCCUAAACAAGAGGAUUCGAAUUGUUUACAAUUAUCGUAUUCCAUGGCACUCAUUCGGUUUGUAAAUGGGCUCCUUGACCCAUUUCAGCAGUCUAGUUAUGCGAUCCCUUUGCACCAACUUGCGCGUAAUUUGAACCUACCAGGCUUCUUUGUUGAGUUACGUCAUAUGGGUACUCAUGAACAGCUUCCCACUUUAGAGAUUCUAAGGAUUGGUGCUAGAAGAGCUUUAAAUUGGCUUUAUGAUAAUUAUUGGUGUUGGAUUGAUAAAAUGGAAAACUCUGCAGAGGAUGAGGAAAGUGAAACUGCAACAAUAGAUGCAGCAAUAGACGACUUGAAAGUUUUCAAAAAAAUAAGAAAACAAAACCUUGAUGUCAUCUACAAAUUUGGUAAUACUACAGAGAUAGGCCAGAAAUAUUGGAACUCAAUCAAGGGUCUAAAACAAAUUGAUCCAGCUCUCUUGAUUGAAGUACUUUUGUUCAAAAAUUUUUUAAUUUACAACCAUGACAAGCUCGCCAUGAGACCCAAAUUCAAGUUCAACUCAUUAAUAUUCAAAUUAUACUUGCCUCUCUUAGAUGAACUAGGGUCAAAUUUUAAGCUUCAGCUCCUAAAAAAGAUCUUUCUAGUAUUAAGCGAGCCUACAAGCAUAGAGCAUCCGUAUGAAACUGUUCAGUUUCUUAAAUGGACUAGAUUAUUAAUUCGAAAUUUGGUCACGAAUUUGCCAUCUAAGUAUACUAUGUUACAUACGCAGAAAUCUCAUUUUGUAUCAGCGGAGUCGGACGUAAUCCUGAUUAUUGCUCAUGAAACUUCCCGAUUAACAAAAGAAGAUCGCGAGAAAUGUCUCAGUGAAUUGGUGGAACUGUCAAAAGGAAUAUUAGAUUCAUCAAAGUUAGAGUCAUUGGAAGCGGAUCUCGCUGAAGUCAAAAAAGAAAUUCGCCUUGAAUCAUUCGCAGCUCCUCCCCUGGUGGAAGACUUGUUUGCAGAAGAUUCUGGUGCAACAAAGCGUGAUUGCGAAUCUUGGGAAUCAGAUAUCAAAUCACUGAAAAGGCAGAAAUUCAAUUCACACACCUCAGAACGGCCCACAAAAGUAUAUUUUCUAGAAGACUAUCCCCAAUGGAAACCGACGCCGUUUGGGACACUUCUAUAA